AUGCCGCUCAUCAAGCGAGCGGUCUCGCCAGUACACGUCAGCCGGGUAAAAAUACCGCCUGAAGUAACUAACGGCGAGCUUCAGUACGUUGCAAACAGCACCUUGGCAAAUUUAAUAAGGCAGCUGAGUUCAAUCAGCAAGCAUGCCGAACAUAUAUUUGGCGAAAUUUACUUGGAGGCAAUGAAACUCGAUCAUAAGUCGAAUACGUUGGAGAAACGGAUCGCGAACCUUACCGAGAAAGUUUCGAAAUUGGACUCCACUAAUGAACAAGCCAGCCUGGGUGAACUCCAGAUGAGGAAGCCUUUCAAGAGUUCCAUGUUGGUGGACCAACAUACGCUGGAUCGGAGUACGUUACCGGUGGCACUCGCUGAAGUUUACUCGCGAUGUGAUCCUCCUCCUAAUCUGGAUGCACUCAACCCUUUCAGGGAUCCUGGUGCACCGAGUGCAUUAUCUCUCUAUACCAAUCCGUCGUUCUUCUUCGACUUAUGGAGACAAGAAAUGCUCAAGGAUUGCGCGGAUAACACGGCUAGGAGACGAAUGAAGUCUCCGACACCGGAUGGCCUCAGUAUGGUGAGGAGUCCGAAAAAGCGACGACAACGGGUACCACCACAACAUCAAGAAGUGCCCAGACAACAAGCGGCAAGGUACAUGUCGUCCCUUCGGAAUGCUCAUUCUGCAGCUCUGUCAUUCCCGGAUGAAUACCAAUCGCCGCAAUCGUUAGGCCUCCAGCUACACAAAACUAGUCAGAUCCAGCACUUCCCACCUGUUCAAACAACCACCGCUUCGCAGUCCGGUGGAAUGAGCAUUCGUCCUGCUCCAGCUCCAGAGAAUAGACAACGAGCGACUGUUUCCCCACUAAAAGAGCUUAAGCGUGAGCUUCCUCCGCCAGAUCUGACACUUUUGUCGAUUGACGAUGAGGAUGAAGAAUUGCCGCCACCUCCACCUACCCUGAUGCAUACUAGUGUUGUCAAUCAUUUGCCUUCACCUCCUCCAAGUUCUAUGCAACUUGUGCCGAGUGACGCUCAAGCUGUGGUUCCUCCUCCACCCGCACCCCCACCGCCUCCACAAAACCUUAUUACUACAACUGCUCCGUCUGCAGCAACUUUCGGAGGAGCUACGAAGCCUUCGACCGAAACCGAGGAGGAGGAAAAGAAACCUGACACACGAAGUAACUUACUUGCCGAGAUCCAAAGUGGAAUCAAGUUGAAAAAGGUUCGACUAGCUGAAGAGGCUGCGGCUGACAAGGCUGCUGCGGAGGCUAACGAUGUAGCCGCGAUAUUAAAGCGGAGAAUGGAGAGCGUUAUGGGUAAUGAAGAUGAGGAAUCACAAAGUAGCGGUGAUGACGGAGAAUGGGAAGAUUAA